CAAAACGCGACGUUUUGAUAUUAGCAUCCUCCCCUACGGUCCAGAACAAAAGGAAAAAUAGGCCCGCCUCUUUCCCCCUCCCUCCCUCUUAAUCCCAUUUUUCAUCUGAACGAAAGCUUCUGCAAAAUCUAUUCAAUUCAACAAUGGAGAACCAAGCGGUCCAAGAGAUAUUGGAGAAGCAAUUGCUGACAGUAGCGAAGGCGGUGGAGGAAAAGCUUGACGAGGAGAUCGCAGCCCUAGAUCGAGUGGACGAUGACGAUCUGGAGGCGCUCAGAGAGCGGAGGCUUCAGCAGAUGAAGAAGAUGGCGGAGAAGCGCAGCCGUUGGAUCUCCCUCGGCCAUGGCGAGUACACCGAGAUCCCCUCCGAGAAGGACUUCUUCUCCGCCGUCAAGGCCAGUGACCGCGUCGUCUGCCAUUUUUACCGUGAAAAUUGGCCCUGCAAGGUGGUGGACAAGCACUUGAGUAUACUAGCGAAGCAACACAUGGAGACACGUUUUGUGAAGAUCAAUGCUGAGAAAAGUCCAUUCUUAGCAGAGAAGCUGAAGAUCGUUGUUCUUCCAACCAUUGCCCUUGUUAAGAAUGCCAAAGUGGAUGAUUAUGUGGUCGGAUUCGAUGAGCUUGGUGGGAAAGACGACUUCAGCACAGAAGAACUGGAGGAGAGGUUGGCUAAAGCCCAAGUCAUCUUCUUUGAGGGUGAAUCAUCUCUAAAGUCUAGUGGCAAAACCAGGAGUGUCCGGCAAAGCAGCAACGUGGACUCGUCGGAUUCAGAGUGAAACUUAUCCAUUUAUUUUGGUUGUUAUUGGAAAGUGGAGCUGUUCAUCCUUCGCCAUUUGUGAACUCACAGCUUCACUGGCUUCGGUGGAAUGGCCUAGUUUAUGCUUCAUUUGAAGUUCAGAUGAAUUACUUACACUGCCUCUGUUUGUAUUAUACUCUUGAGAUCAUCAUCUAGGUGGUUUUACAUAUUAGUGUUUAUGCUUGUAUCAGAAAGAGAAAACAAAGGUUCUGUGAGCUUCUGCAAAAUAUGAAUUCCCCAUUAGGUGGUAAAAUUUGGAAAUCUUCUUAUGGCUUCCCUA